CAUCAGAUUGGUAAACAGUAACUACAACAAUGAAAUAUUUUCUGGUUUCUCUGUGUCUCCUGGGAACAUUUCUACAUGCCUUGGCUCAAUGUGUCCCAGCCUCAGAGUUUCAGCUGGAAGGAGAUUAUUUGUUAGGUGGACUUUUUAAUGUUCAUCAUGAUAGUGACCCUGUUUAUCAUGACAGACCAGAAGCCAUCGACUGCUCCAGUAAACCCCUAGUCAAUUCAAGUUAUCGGAGGUUUCAGUUGAUGAGAUUCUCUGUAGAGGAAAUCAAUAACUCGACCAACCUCCUGCCAAAUGUAUCUCUCGGCUAUGAGAUAUUUGACUACUGCUCAGAUACACGAACUUUCCCAGGCAUUUUCAACCUCAUAUCAGACAACUUGAUCCAACCUGGGGGUGAACCACACAAGAAUCGGUCCAAAAUAAUAGCAGUGGUCGGAGCUUCUACAAGCACACAAUCCCUGACUGUAGCCCCACUCUUCAUGAUGAAUCUAAUUCCUAUGGUCAGUUAUGCAGCUGCAAGUUCUGUCUUUUCAAGAAUCCAGAAUUUCCCCUCUUUCCUACGAACAGUGCCUCCCAAUCAAGACACCAUAGAAGUGAUUGUUAACAUUCUUCAGCACUACAACUGGCGCUGGGUUGCUUUCCUUUACAUUGAUGAUGAUUUUGGCAGAGAUGGACUGGAAUUAUUCAUAAAAAGAAUUAAGGACACUGAGAUCUGCCUGGCGUACACCAAAGGCCUCGAUCAAUAUACAGAUUACUCCCAAAUAUUCAAACAGAUAGAGGCACAGAGGAUAGGUAUCAUUAUUGUCUUUGCUCCUGAAUGGGCUGCUGAACCUCUCCUUGUGUCAGCAAUACGACUAAAUGUCACCAACAAAGUGUGGAUAGCAGUGAAUACAUGGUCGUUAAACAAGAAGCUCCCCAAGGAGAAAGGAAUCAAAAAUAUUGGAACUGUAAUUGGGUUUUCUGAGUCAGAAGUGACAAUACCUGGUUUCAGUGAUUUUAUUUAUUCUUCCAGAAGCCUGACUCAUUGUGAAAAUGCAGAACCUUUUUUUUGUAAUCAGGCGUGCAACUGCAGCAGCCCCAAUGCUGAAGAUGUCCUUGCUGCUGAGCCAACUUUUAACUUGUAUGUUUAUACUGCUGUAUAUGCCAUUGCUCAUGCCUUACACAACGCCUUGCAAUGUGGAUCUGGCAGAUGUAAUCGCAAUAUUACAGUGUACCCACACAUGGUUCUAGCAGAGCUGAAGAAGUCAAACUUCACAAUUUUAAACCAGAGUAUUCGGUUUGAUGAGAAUGGUGAUCCCAACUACGGAUCCUUUUCUAUAGUUUUCUGGAACCAAAGUGGUGAUGCAGAGGUGAUCGGCUUUAAUCAAUUACACCCACCGUUCCAUUUCUUCAUCAACGACAGCAAAAUCCAGUGGUACACAGAGGGAGAAGUGCCUACUUUACAGUGUUCCCCAGAAUGUCGUACAGGAUAUGCAAAAAAGUAUAAUGGAAUCUACAAAUGCUGCUUCGAUUGUGAAAUGUGUCCAAUUGGAACUUAUGUCAACAGCACAGAGGAUCCCUACAAGUGCAUCAACUGUAAGGAGACAGAAUGGUCAGCAGCAGGAAGUACAUCAUGCAAUCUGCGGGUGGUGGAGUACAUCCCAUUCACAGACAGUGGGGCUAUACUGAUCAUGGUCGGGGCCUCGGCCUUGGUGGGCCUCACAUUAGCCAUGUCUGUUCUCUUUGCUAUCAACUACAACACACCUGUUGUCAGAUCUGCUGGGGGACCAAUGUGCUUCCUGAUUUUAGGCUGCCUCAGCCUGUGUAGUCUUAGUAUAUUCUUUUACUUUGGUAAGCCAACAAUUUCCUUUUGUAUCUUAAGAUUCUUACCAUUUCUCUUGUUCUACACUGUUUGUCUAGCAUGUUUUGUUGUGCGCUCUUUUCAAAUUGUUUGCAUUUUCAAAAUGGCCGCCAAGUUCCCCAAGCUCCACAGUUGGUGGAUAAAAUAUCAUGGACAAUGGCUGGUCAUCACUGUGGCAUUUGUUACUCAGGCACUCUCUCUUCUUAUCGGCUAUACUUAUUUCCCCCCCAAGCCCUAUGAUGACAUUUCUUGGUACCCAGACAAAAUCAUACUUGGUUGUGAUAUUAAUCUCAAAGCAUCCUCUGGUUCUGUGGGUUUACUCUUGUGUUUGUGCUCCCUUUGCUUUAUUUUCUCCUACAUGGGAAAAGACCUCCCAAAAAAUUACAAUGAGGCCAAAGCAAUAACCUUCUGCCUGCUCCUGCUCAUCCUCACCUGGAUCAUGUUUGCCACUGUAUACAUUCUGUACCGUGGCAAGUACAUCCAAACUCUUAACGCUCUGGCAGUUCUCUCCAGUCUCUAUUCCUUUCUGUUGUGGUAUUUCUUCCCAAAAUGUUUUAUUAUGAUUUUCCGAUCGUACAAAAACACGCAGGAGUACUUCCAAGGUCUCAUUCAGAAUUAUACCAAAACAAUCAGCCAGUAGUUUACAUAUUUCAAGUGUAUACAGUGAGCUUAUGCAGUGAUUAUUUUUUACUUAAAGCCAAUCUCCCUAUUUGCCCUGUGUAUUCAAAUCUGUCUUGUCAGUUUAUAAGUUUGGCCAUGAAACAGGAAGUGGUUAGUAACUAGACUUUACAUUGUCCAUUCUUGCUCAAACUGUUCAUAAGGGUCCUGGCCUGAAGACUUGUACAUUUCAAUAUUGAGUUAUAAUCAUAGCGCCCCCUACUGGCAACAGGAAGUUACAGUUGUUACACUUUGAUGUCCUCUACCUAGCAGGUUGUCCAUCUCAAAAGUGUUGAGGAAAGCCUUAAGACCUUGAUGAUGCUUCAAUCAGAAGAUUGUGAUUUUUUUGUCGAAGGGCGUCACCGUGACGGCACGGCAAGCUUCAAUGUUUCAUCAUGAAACAGAAAGUUGUUUUAAUUCGAACAUACAUUGUCCAAUCUGCCCCAAAUCUUUCCUACAUGAUGUUAGUCUGGGCCUGAAGUGAUUCACAUGGGUCUCAGGCCUGAUUAUGGUAAAAUGGCUCAUUAGCGCCCACAAGAUUGCAAAGAAGUAGCCCCUGCAGUGCGAUUCACCUAGACCUAUGAUAUUUGGUAUGCACAUGUAUCAUGUCCAGACUUACAAAAAAGCCUCUUGGAGCCAUACCCUAAACCCAACAGGACGUCAGCUACAGAUUUCACCCGAUCGAGCUAAUGGUAAUUAGCACUGGCACGUUGUAGAAUACUGCUAGCUUGGAAAUCUCCUAACUCACCAUCUCAGUCUGCCUGGCUGAAGGAUGUGAUGUUUUUCUUGAGCCUCGAAAAAAGGAAAUAUGCACUCAGGGGGUGGAGGACCAUUUUAUUAAGAAAUGGCAACCUUUUAUUGUGUAUUUUAAUAAUCUGUCUGAGUUGCCUCCCGUUUGAGACUCCUGUCUGAUAGUUUCCCUGGUCCUCUGUCUGUUUCUUGUCUGUCUAAUCAAUAUCACAACUUUACAAUACAACUGUUUUUACUAAGUACUUAACCUGACUGUGUAUGAAGGCUCCCUGGGUGGGUGGUUGUACAGGUUUAGUUCUAUUUGUUGUUUGUGGCUUUGUUGUUGUU